GCCAAGAAAAGUAUAAACUUGCAUAAAGGGACUAUAAUUCUGUAAAUAAAGAGAUCAAGAAGAAAGAGGGUCAAAGUUUAAAAAGCAUAGCGCAUAUGCUUUGCAACAUUAAUGAAGAAAUCCUAAAGGUAACCACAAAGAAAGGCAAAAUGCUUCUCCCCCAGCGGCCCAGCACUUGUAACCUCUCCUACAAAUAUCAUUCAUCAGAUUAACCCAACAAUCCAAAUAUAGCAAAUAUAAUGUCUUGGAAAGCAAAUGUAUAUAUGUUGAGGUCACUCUGUGUAUUGCUCCUGAUACAGAAAGGCAUUGCUUAUACUUUCAACGUCACAGAAUGGGGUACUCCAAACCAUUAUAACUAUAGUGAAUGGGCGAGCAGAAAUAGGUUUCAAAUUGGAGAUACCAUCGUGUUUCGCUCACCUAACAAUGACUCAGUCCUUCUAGUAACGAAAGAGCAAUAUAAAGAGUGCAACAAAAACCACUUGGGGGAACGCAAGGAUGGGAACACCUCAUUCACGCUCAACCACUCCGGGCACUUCUACUUCAUAAGCGGGAGCCGUGACAGGUGUAACAAGAACGAAAAAUUGGAAGUCGUCGUCAUGGCUGACAGAAGACAUCGCUCUUCUGCACCUUCUCCUUCACCAUUGGUGCCUGAGGUAACUCCAUCUCCGGCACCAAACAGGAAGGUGACUCCUCCAACUGAGAAGGCACCGUCUCCAUCCCCAUCAGGACCAGAAGCGCCAAUGCCUUCACCUGCUGAUUCACCACCAUAUGUGCCAUCUCAAGAGUCUUUUCCUCCA